GGGAAGCCUCUGAAAGAAGCUCAGGGUGAAAUCCUGUAUUCUGCCUCGUUUCUGGAGUGGUUUGCGGAGGAAGCUCGCCGAGUUUAUGGUGAUGUCAUUCCAGCAUCUGCAAAUGACAGAAGAAUCCUGGUGCUGAAGCAGCCAGUAGGAGUGGCAGCCAUUAUAACCCCAUGGAAUUUCCCCAGCGCUAUGAUUACCCGGAAGGUUGGUGCAGCUCUGGCAGCUGGCUGUACAGUGGUAGUGAAACCUGCAGAAGACACACCUUUAUCAGCAUUAGCUCUUGGGGAGCUUGCAAACCAGGCUGGAAUUCCAGCGGGAGUGUAUAAUGUUGUUCCUUGUUCCAGACAACAGACAGCAGCUGUAGGGGAAGUUCUGUGCACCGAUCCAUUGGUAGCCAAAAUAUCUUUUACUGGCUCUACAGCAACAGGAAAGAUACUGCUGAAACACGCAGCUGGCACUGUCAAGCGAGUUUCCAUGGAGCUUGGAGGACAUGCUCCUUUUAUAGUGUUUGACAGCGCCAACGUGGACCGUGCUGUUGCAGGAGCCCUUGCUUCUAAGUAUAGAAACUCAGGGCAGACCUGUGUUUGCACAAACCGCUUCCUGGUGCAAAAGGGAAUCCAUGACAAAUUCGUGGAAAAGUUUGCUAAAGCUAUAGAGAGAGAACUACAUGUUGGAAGUGGAUUUGAUGCAAAAACCACCCAAGGGCCACUAAUUAAUGAAAAAGCAGUGGAGAAGGUAGAAAGACACAUUAAUGAUGCAGUUUCUCAAGGAGCAUCUAUCGUGACUGGAGGGAAACGACACAGCUUGGGGAAGAAUUUCUUUGAGCCAACACUACUUAGUAACGUUACAACAAAAAUGCUUUGCACCCAAGAGGAGACAUUUGGCCCUUUAGCACCAGUUAUCAAAUUUGAGACUGAAGCAGAAGCUAUUGCUAUAGCAAACACAGCUAAUGUGGGUUUAGCAGGAUAUUUCUACUCCCAAGAUCCAGCUCAGAUAUGGAGAGUUGCAGAACAGCUGGAAGUUGGAAUGGUUGGUGUUAACGAAGGCAUAGUCUCCUCGGUGGAGAGUCCUUUUGGUGGGGUAAAACAGUCUGGCUUAGGGCGAGAAGGUUCAAAAUAUGGCAUUGAUGAAUACUUAGAAAUAAAAUACGUCUGCUUUGGAGGCUUAUAAAAAAAUCUUCAAAAAGCACAAUCCCAACAGCUUGGAAAAGAGUGCUGUAGUUUUAAUAAGCUUCUUGA